GGCCCCGGAGGGAGGAGGAGGAGGAGAGGCUCCGGGAGGGAGGAAGUGGCUGAAGACUGGAGAUUAAACCGUAAAUACUCGGCUGCCGAUGUCAUGAGGGACGUGGCAUGAGAUGAAGACUAGAACCAUGAAGAGGAACAAACAGUGGAACGUUAAUAAGGCUCUGGCUCUGGCCAGCCUCUUCCACUUCCUGCACUGCGCAGGAAAAGCCUGUGUCGUCCCCUUUCUCACCAUCUACUUCAGGCAGCUUGGGUUGACUGCACCAUUUGUUGGCAUCAUCAUGGGAACAAAAUAUUUUAUCUCCCUGGUAUGUGCUCCCUUCUGGUCUUACUGCGCGAGGCGCCACAACAUGAGGAGAGUUCUUGUGCUUGGUUCCUUGUUAUCCUCAAUAGGAGCAGGUCUUCUCUUGACGCUCAUUUCACCUGUAGAUAAGGAAGCGGGGUACAAAUUUUGCAACGGAAGUAUGCAGACAGGUCACAGCUUGGCCGAUGGUGGAACAACUGUAAAGAAGGUAGAUUUUGAGAAAAAUAAUAUAGCACAUACCACCUCUCCAACAACUACUUACAUCUCUUCAAGAGUUAUCGUAACGACAAAACAAGCAAGUGUCACAUUCCCUAGACUAAAUCUGACUGGAGUGAGUGUUGCCCACAGGACUGAAUGGAGUCGUUCCACAGUUGCGAGGGAAAUCUCACUGGCCUCAGCGUAUACAUCUCGUAGCACUUCAAAAAAAGCACAUCAUCGUUUUGACUCAAAACCAAGCCAGAUUGUGCCUGACGCAGAGUCUUCAGGGAAAGGUAGAAGCCUGCUCCCUGCUGAUGGACAAAAAAGGGCAAAGAAAGGCAUCUCUUCUGGUUCAGGAAGCAACCAAUUGGUUCAGAGAAAUAUUGGUUUGGACAAUGACUCUCGCAAUAAACAGAAAAUGCACGACCAAAGUUUGGAGCCCAGUAGUCUUAAAAUCCUGGAUAUCCAACAUCAGACAUUCGUGCUGAUUUUACUGACAGUAUCUCUGUGGGAGUUGCUGGCAUCCACGCUGGAAUGGGUGGCAGAUGAUGGGCUUUAUGACUAUCUAGACUUUGUUGACUCUGUUGACCGAUACGGGAAGCAGUGGAUCUGGGGGUCUUUGGGGACAGCUGUGGCAGCUUGCAGUGUUGGCAUCUUUGUGGACAGGCUGAACUGUUUCCUCAACGCACAUACCUCCCGAACUGCAGUGCACUUCUACAGCUACGCCGUCGUCAUCACUCUGGCACUCCUGGUGGGAGUGUUUUAUCCCAAUCACACUCCUAAGAAAAGUGGCCCAGUGAACAGAACGGUCAAAGGGUUAUACCUGAUCGGGAGCGAUGGGAGAGCCAUCCUGUACGCAGUCACCGUCUUUGUGACAGGAGCUGUAGGAUCGACAGUUAACAACUUUUUGUUCUGGCAAAUCCAGAAUAAUGGUGGCACGGAGACCUACAUGGGCAUUUCUGUUGCAAUUGCUGUUAUAGCAGAAAUCCUACUUUUUGUUUUCAAAGAGAAGAUGCUUCGGAGCCUGUCGUUACCAGGAGUGGUGGGGCUCGGGUUAUUCUCCUUGGCAGCCCAGUUCCUCUACUACUCUUUCCUCUGGACAUCGUGGGCGGUGUUGCCGAUCCAGAUCUUGAAUGCUUUCAGCAACGGUGCCUUGUGGUGGGCUGUUCAUGCCCAAUCCGCUGACCUGGCUACGCCUGGCAUGGAAAGAACACUGCACAAAGUCUUCCAUGGUCUUUCCUUCGGGCUUGGUGCAAGUAGUGGCAGCUUUGCCAGUGGCUUUAUUGUGGACAAUUUCAACCUAGCCAUUCUGUACCAAAGCUGCUCUGCUGUGGCCGUGCUUUGGACAUUGGUCUUUCUCGCUAUACAGUCCAGAAUUCCUCGGCAAAAGAGACUGAACUACUCACGGCUGCUCGCUGCAGAUACCAGCGAUAUGAGUGAUUCGGAAGAUGAGCCAGAUAAAGAUUGGCUUGUUAAAGCCCUGAAAAAUGAUGACUUUUUAUAGAGAACCAUUUGCCUACUAAUUCUCUAACACUGUCCCCUGCUGAGUAUACAGGAAAUUGCAGACUUAGCACAAGAAUGUAAUGCUUGCUUUAGGUUCUAAGCACAAGUAAAAAUGUAGUAACAUCAGAGUUGUAGAUUGGUGUUACAGGGUGACCAAAAAGUCGUGAUAGCAUUGCAAUGUUUAAGAAGUCUUAAAUAAUAUAUUUUUUUUAGAUAAUAGAGUAGAUAUCCCGACAUUUUGGACAGCCUGUACUUCAGGGACUUUCAUUCCAAUUGAGGUGGAAAAGGUCAACUAUGGUAACUUGUUGGGAGAGGCUUCGUACGCUAAUAUUUUAUGCUUCUGAAAUGUGAUGGUUUACUUGACUAAUCAUUAGACCACAACUACAAUAAAUAGAUAUGACUGGGGUUGAGUAGUAAUACUUUGGACUGAUGCACACUGUAAUGUAUGAUAAUGAGGUGCCCCAUUGCCAGUGGGUGACUAAGCACUUUGUAACCAAAGGCCACCUUCUCCUGCUGUUGCCCCCUCUGUUGGAUUCCACCUCCACACCAUAUCCAUCUCCACACACUGCUGCCAUCCACGCUCAAAACUGCCAAAUUCACUGCAACCACCCCCUCUCAGUACCAGUACCCAUUUGGUACCCCAGUCGAUACUGCCCUCUCCCCUCAGUACUGCCUUCUCCCCUCAGGAAACCCUUUCACCUUGGUAGAGACAUUGCCACACACUGCCACCAAUUCUGCAGUUCAUUCUUUGCAUUGUCCAAAGUCAGCUAUAAAAUUGAAACCGAUGUGAAAUAAGGUGACAGAUUUAUGACUUUGUUUUACAGCCAGAUUUACAUUUCUUCAGUUGGAGACCCUUAAUUUACAGGAAGUUAGCAAUCUGUGUUCCUCUGAGUUGCCAACUGGCUUCUUUUUCUGGGCUUGCAUGUGACUGUUUGGGGGAAAAUAGUUUGUCCUGGUUAGACAGGUGGUGUAGAAAUGUCUAGUGUGCUUUCAUGGCAGUGUUGAUCUGCAGCUCACUAGCAUCAUUGGUGGAUCGCUUUUCCGGGGUAAUCCUUCAAAAAAAAUAAGAAUUUGGU